UUUAUUGCACUGUCAGCAAUGCAAUGCCAGCCAACCGAAAUACUUGAAAUCUUAGACAAGGAAAAAAGAGCUUGAAAUACACAAUUUGUAAAAACAACAUUAACCUCAAACCCGCCAUUUCCACUAUAAACCUAGAUUAUUAAAAAAUAAUUGUAUAUUGUAUUGCAAAUUAAUAAAGUGGAAAUGGAUUUAGAAAAUAGGAAAAAGCAUUUUAUGGCUCACGUGGUCAACUUCUUGCAAGAUGAACUAAUUAAUGGAAAUAUGAAUGAAGAGAAAAAAGAGUCUGUGGAAGUAGCGAUACAGUGCCUUGAAACAGCAUAUGAUAUUCAGUCAGAUAUUAAGGAUGAAGCAUCAAAGAAUCAAUUGGAUUUACUUUCAUUGAUACCAGUAACCAGGAGGGCUGAAGUUACAGAAGACCAGAUUAAAGAGGCUGAAAUAUAUAAAAACAAUGGAAACACCCAUAUGAAAAAUUUAGCAUACAGUGCAGCAGUGACUGAAUAUACAAAAGCAAUUAAUAUAAACCCAAAUAAUGCAGUAUAUUAUUGCAAUCGUGCAGCUGCCUAUAGUAGACUAGAAAAACACUUAGAUGCAAUAAAUGAUUGUCAACAAGCAAUAAAACUAGAUCCUACAUACGGAAAGGCAUAUGGACGCCUUGGAAUUGCUUAUUCCAACUUAAACAGGUAUGAAGAAGCAUGUAAAGCUUAUGCCGAAGCUCUAAAACAUGAUCCUGGCAAUGAGAUGUAUGAGGCUAAUUAUAAACUUGCAGAAGAGAAACUGUUUGGUAAUAGCGAUUCUGCUGCACCAACAGAUCAUCGCAAUCUAGACAUGUCUCAGUUCAUUAAUAAUCCAAAUUUGAUAAAUAUGGCAACCCAAAUGCUUAGUGACACCAAUUUUAGAAAUUUAAUGUCCAGGUUUAUGUCUACAAACCAGAGUGGUGAUCCAAAUUUAGAUGUCUUAAUUCAAACAGGUCAAACACUGGCCAACAGAAUGUUAAGCACUGACCCGACCUUUGUAGAAAACCUAAGGCGUUCAAUAGACCCCCAGAAUCUCAUGGAAUCAAACACUGGCAGUGCCGAUACUUCAGAAGCUAUGCCAGGUAGUGACCCUAGUUUCAUUGAACAACUAAGACGUUCUCUACACAACCAGGGUCAGAUGGAUCCAGAGAGUUCUGAACAAGAAAACCCACCACCAAACCCUUCUCAAAAGAAGUCACAAUAAACAUUCGUUCUUUAGUUUUGUUGUUUUGAGUUACUCUUUUCUACUUUAAAAUUAUUUAUCAUUUUCAGCAAUAUCAUUGGAAAAACUACUUUUCUGACAUAAACAUUUUUAAAUAAUAUAACCUUUUGGUGUUUUUUUGCUAUUGUGUUAUUAAAAGUAAACAGGGAAUAGUGAAAAGUAGUUUUUUUUAUAUAUAUUAUGUUUUAAAUACUGUUAUUCAACCGUACUAAAUUAUUAUUACUGCCAAAGAACUAGAAGGCAUUUCAUUUGUAUUUUGAAAUGUAUUUUACAAAGAAGAAACAUAAUACCACCUGCAUCAAAAAAAUGAUGAAUUUUGAUGAAUGAAUUUUUUUUGUUAAUUUUUGUAAGUUUUCUUGCAUCACUAAUAAACUUGAUAGUCUAAGAUCUAGUGAACCCUCCGACUAACGGUCUUCCUGUAAGGCUAGAAAUUUGUAUAGUGAUAAUUCAUAGCACACCAAGGCUAAAAACCAUGACCUGGCAGGCAUCAGUCCUGCACGUGUAUCUACAAGGUGAAUCGAAAAGUGCAUAGGUUAGGGGAAAAAUAAACUUCCUCCUGUAAAGUUUAAACUUACUUAAGUAUGUGUUUGAGUAAGUCAUUUAGAAGAAAUGUAUACAAUGCCAGGCGAUUCUGAACAGCAUAAGACCUUGCCAGGCGAGUGGAAAGAUUAGGGAUUUUUCCUAAAAUUAUUUUUUUGCAUCAAACAAAAUUUUUUAGGUUUUUUGAAUCAUUCCAAACCGAAAAGGUCUUUGGUGACUUUUCUCUUAGGUUGAUAGUUUUUGUUUAUAUAAGCGAUUAAAAAUUUUGAAAAUUGCGAAAUCGGCCAUUUUUAACCCUGAAUCGGACAUUUAACUGAAGAUUUCAAUGUUACCAAGGUAGGUAGAUAUUCUUUAAACGUCGAUUGAAGAAAUCCCGAAGAGUUUUUUUGCAGUACAAUAUCGAAAACCCCCUUGCAUUUUAAUUGCUAAUUAAGCGGGCGCGAAACUGUAGGAUAAGUGAGGAUGUUUGAGUUUGCAUAAAUUUAUUAUCUCGAGAAUGGGCAAAUUUGAAGAGAAAUCCUCGGACAGGUCGAUUUUUAUUUUUAAAUUAGGACUUUUUGGCAUAUAUAUAUAUAUAUAUAUAUAUAUAUAUAUAUAUAUAUAUAUAUAUAUAUAUAUAUAUAUAUAUAUAUAUAUAUAUAUAUAUAAUACUAGUGACGGCAUCCAUGUGGGCGUGAUGACGUAAUCGAUGAUUUUUUGAAAAGGAGUAGGGGCCGUGUGAUAGCUCAUUUGAAAGGUUAUUUAAUUAUCUAUUCAGAAAUAUAAACAUUAACAAUGAUUUAUACAACAUGUGCAAAAAAAAAUUUUUUUUAUUAUAUUAGUUUACACAAAAAGAAGAAACAUUUUUUGCACACCAUUUGUAUAAAUAAUUAGGUUAACGUUUAUAUUACUAGAUUAUUAGUAGAUUAGAGAAUUAAAUAGCCUUUCAAAUGAGCUAUCACACCACCCCUACUCCCAUUCAAAAAAAAUCAUCGAUUACGUCAUCACGCCCAGAUGGAUUACGUCACUAGUAUUAUAUUAUAUAUGCCAAAAAGUUCUAAUUUAAAAAUAAAAAUCGACCUGUCCGACGAUUUCUCUUCAAAUUUGCCCAUUCUCGAGAUAAUGAAUUAAUGCAAACUCAAACGUCUUCACUUAUACUACAGUGUCGCGCCCGCUUGGUUAGCAAUUAAAGAACAAGGGGGUUUUCGAUAUUGUAUUGCAAAAAACUCUUCGGGAUUUCAUCAAUCGACGUUUAAAAAAUAUCUACCUACCUUAGCAACAUUUAAAUUUUCAGGUAAAUGUCCGAUUCAGGGUUAAGAAUGGUCAAUUUAGCAAUUUUUAAACUUUUUAAUCGCUUAUAUGUCAAAAACUAUUAACCUAAGAGAAAAGUCACUAAAGGCCUUUUCUGUUUGGAAUGAUUCAAAAAAUCUAAAAAACUUUGUUCGGUGCAAAAAAAUAAUUUUAGGAAAAAAGCCUAAUCUUUCCCAUCGCCUGGCAUGGUCUUAUGCUGUUCAGAAUCGCCUGGCAUUGUACACAUUUCUUCUAAAUGACUUACUCAAACACAUACUUAAAUUUAAGCUUUUUUAGGAGAAAGUUUAUUUUUCCCCUAAACUAUGCACUUUUCGAUUCACCUGGUAGAUACACGUGCAGGGCUGCCUGCCAGGUAAUGGUUUUUAGCCUUGGUGUGCUGUGAAUUAUCACUAUACAAAUUUCUAGCCUUAGGAAGACCGUUAGUCGAAGGGUUCACUAGCCCUUAGACUAUAAUCUGUUGUAGUGCGACCGAUUUUCGACGAGUCAUUAGUAAGUGGGGUCUAAUGAGGGUUAACAACUAAAUUAUAUUAGUGAAAUUAAAGUAAUCUUGCAUAUUAGGUAUGCCUUUUAGUUCUAUAACUUGACUUUCAUAUUACAUGUUGGACAUUAUUUAGAAAGCAUAGGACUGUGUUACUUUUAUAGGUUUUUUUAUUUAAAUGUGGAUUGUUUUGGUGAACCAAAACGAUGAUCUACAUUCUUGGACAAAAAUAUCGAAUAUUUUAAAACUGAAAUUGUUUGUGAGUGAAAUUAUUUGGGCUGCAGUCUUUACCUCUCCCAGGGUCAUAGGGAUAUGAUUUCUUUUACAAAUGCGAUGUUUUAAGUGCUCGAUCGAAAUGAAAUCUGUUAUGGGCUAUACUGUGGCCAAUGAAUCUCAUCAAGGUAAGUGUUCACCAUUCUAAUAGUGGGUUAUCGUGCAUUAGCUCAAAUCUGUCACAUCCAAUAUGGUCGACAAAUGGUAAGACAUGAUCUAAAAUGUUUUAAUGUGCAUGUCAGUUGCCAUUCACCCAAUCACCUUCACAGGUUCGAUAUGUCUUUUCCAAGAAAUACCAUUUCCAUGGUACUAUGCCGUCACCACCAAAAUAAACGCUCUGAAUGAGGUUGCAACUGCCAAACCGUUCACCAUAUGGAAGCAUGAUUGACAAAAAUUCGUCUACAGAAGAGUUGGCGAAUGGUAUGUCAGUUGUAACAUCAUGCAGAGCGUUAUGUUAAUGACAGCUGUCAUGUGCAUUAAAAACAUUUUGGAAGAUCAUGUUUUGUCAUUUGCCAGCCGUAUUGGAUAUGAGAGAUUCGUGCUAAUACACGUUAAUAGUCUAAGAGCUAGUGAACCCUCCAACUAACGGUCUUCCUGUAAGGCUAGAAAUUUGUAUAGUGAUAAUUCAUAGCACACCAAGGCUAAAAAUCAUGACCUGGCAGGCAUCAGCCCUGCACGUGUAUCUACCAGUUGAAUCGAAAAGUGCAUAGUUUAGGGGAAAAAUAAACUUUCUCCUGUAAAGUUUAAAUUUAAGUAUGUGUUUGAGUAAGUCAUUUAGAAGAAAUGUGUACAAUGACAGGCGAUUCUGAACAGCAUAAGACCUUGCCAGGCGAGGGGAAAGAUUAGGGGUUUUUCCUAAAAUUAUUUUUUUUGCAUCGAACAAAGUUUUUUUAGGUUUUUUGAAAAUUGCGAAAUCGGCUAUUUUUAACCCUAAAUCGGACAUUUAACUAAAAAUUUCAAUGUUGCCAAGGUAGGUAGAUAUUCUUUAAACAUCGAUUGAUGAAAUCUCGAAGAGUUUUUUGCAAUACAAUAUCGAAAUUUUUUGUUUUUUGAUUGCUAAUCAAGUGGGCGCGACACUGUAGUAUAAGUGAGGACGUUUGAGUUUGCAUAAAUUCAUUAUCUCGAGAAUGGGUAAAUUGAAGAGAAAUUCUCAGAUAGGUCGAUUUUUAUUUUUAAAUUGUGACAUUUUGCCAUAUAUAUAAUACUAGGAGUGAUGACGUAAUCAAUGAUUUUUUUAAAUGAGAGUUGGGGUUGUGUGAUAGCUCAUUUGAGAGGUUAUUUAAUUCUCUAUUCAGUAAUAUAAACUUUAACAUAAUUAUUUAUACAGGGUGUACAAAAAAAUUGUUUCUUCUUUUUUUGUAAAUUAAUUUAAUAAAAAAAAUUUUUUUGUACACCCUGUAUAAAUAAUUAUGUUAAAGUUUAUAUUACUGAAUAGAGAAUUAAAUAACCUUUCAAAUGAGCUAUCACACAACCCCUACUCUCAUUUAAAAAAUCAUCGAUUACGUCAUCACGAUCAGAUGGAUGACUUCACUAGUAUUAUAUAUAUAUAUAUAUAUAUAUAUAUAUAUAUAUAUAUAUAUAUAUGCCAAAAUGUCCUAAUUUAAAAAUAAAAAUCGACGUAUCUGAGAAUUUCUCUUCAAUUUGCCCAUUCUCGAGAUAAUGAAUUUAUGCAAACUCAAACGUCCUCACUUAUACUACAGUGUCGCGCCCACUUGCUUAUCAAUUAAAAAACAAAGGGGUUUUCGAUAUUGUAUUGCAAAAAACUCUUCGGGAUUUCAUCAAUCGACGUUUAAAGAAUAUCUACCUACCUUGGCAACAUUGAAAUUUUUAGUUAAAUGUCCGAUUUAUGGUUAAAAAUAGCCGAUUUCGCAAUUUUCAAAAUUUUUAAUCGCUUAUAUAAACAAAAACUAUCAACCUAAGAGAAAAGUCACUAAAGACCUUUUCUGUUUGGAAUGAUUCAAAAAAACUUUGUUCGAUGAAAAAAAAUUUUAGGAAAAACCCCUAAUCUUUCCCCUCGCCUGGCAAGGUCUUAUGCUGUUCAGAAUCGCCUGUCAUUGUACACAUUUCUUCUAAAUGACUUACUCAAAUACAUACUUAAAUUUAAACUAUACAGGAGAUAGUUUAUUUUCCCCCUAAACUAUGUACUUUUCUAUUCACCUGGUAGAUAUCCGUGCAGGGCUGAUGCCUGCCAGGUCAUGGUUUUUAGCCUUGGUGUGCUGUGAGUUAUCCCUAUACAAAUUUCUAGCCUUACAGAAAGACCGUUAAUCGGAGGGUUCACUAUCUCUUAGUCUUAGACUAUAAGACACGUCUUCAUGUCGCUAGAAUAGUUAAUGUUUACCUUGAUGAGAUUCAAUUUAAAAAUUAUAUUGCCCACCAUAUAGCCUCUAUCGGAGUUAAAUCCGAUCGAGCAUUUUAUGACACUUUAAAACAUCGUAUUCGGAAAAUAACAAACCUGAGACACGGCCAGGGCUAAGGAUUGCAUCACAAAAAUUUCACUUAACAUGAUAUUCAAAAUAUUCGAUAUUUUUGUCCAGCAGUGUAUUUAAAAUAUUAUUCUUGGUUUUAGGUUUUGGCAGUAAGCAUUCGUUUAUUUGAAUUACUACUUUAUACUUGCCUACUCAUAAUUUCCAACAAUAGUGUUGGAAAAACUACUUUUACUUCAUAAACCUUUUUCUAACGUAACUCUUUCGUAUUUUGUUGCUAUUUCGUCAUUAACAUUAAACAGAGAAUAGUCAAAAUAAAAAAAAUAUUUAAUAUGAUAUUCUACAGUCCUAUUUACUAUUAAUGUCAAAGAGCUAAAUGGCUUUGAACUUUGAUUUUCGAAAUGUAUUGUAAAAAAGGAUGAACUCAUUCCUCUUUCAAGAGAAGCAUAAAAACAGUUUUAUUAGUUCUAUGGAAACCAUAUCGCUCGUCCAGAAGAAAAGUGACACAACUAAAAAAAUGCAAAUUCCAGUUAUCUUAUUAAAUUGACUCAAAAAUCCUAUGUUUUUACCAGGAGAAGUGUCACAUAUAUGUUUACUUCCAACUUCGUAAGAUGGCGAUAGUGUCAUUAUUCAUUUGGUUUUGCUUCUUACACAAUUAGAAACAUUCACUUAUCCACAUUCUUCGUUUUUAAUUUUUAAAUUUUAGCAGUUGUUUACAACUUACAGUUAAAUUAAAUUUAAAAAAUCCAUUUUUGUCUUUCCUGGAUUUUUUUUUGAGUUGUGACUCUUUUCUUCCGGAUGAGCCACAUUAAUAUUGCCUACGUUAAAAGAGUUAACUUGGAAGAGGAAUGCUGAUUUUUUUGCUGUUUUUCUUGUGUGACUGGUAAAAACAUUAUAUUAAUAUUAUAUACGCCCUUUAUUUCUGUAGCUUACCUACUUUCUUUUUACAUUUUGGACAUUAUUUAGAACAAUGAAUUGAAUGUGGAUUGUUUUGCUGAACCAAAACAAUGUUGUAUUUAAAAUAUGUUGUUCUUAGUUUAAGUUUUGGCGUUACAGAUUAUAUUAUACAUGAUUUCACAUAUAAAUGAUUUAAAUAUACUAAAA